UAUUACAUGAUGCCAAAGUUACCUGCUACUGUCAGUGGUGUUGUACAUUGUCUGUCGCAGUAUUUGAUGUGCCGUUCGGUGGAUUAAAUCCUAUUUUUGUUUUCCACCUGUUUCUGUUUCUUCCUAAUUAAGUUGUUAAGUUUCGAUAACGCCAAACUUUGAAAAGUAAAAUUUCUCUUUCUCCCUUUUGACUCGUUCUACCAUAUUUUCUGUCAGAUUGGUCGGGAUAACAAAUCGGCGCGACAGUCUUAUCUGGAUUGUUUUGCAAUAAAAAUAUGCAACAUAUGAUGACGAACACGUUCAGUCAUUAACGUCAAAAUAAUCAACAAUGCAGUCAUUCCGAUAUUAGGUGACAUGAGCACAUGACAUCAUGUGUACAGUGAUGAAAACCUGCAAAAUUACUGAUCGCCGCUCAGGAUAUUCGCUGUUGCCGAAAAAUGUUCGUCAGAGAUCCCUGUGGCAUCAUAUGCAUUAUCGUCACCUAUGUGGCUGUGUUUUAUGCUGAUUACGUGGUGAUACGAUGGAUCGUAUUGCACACUAUGCAAGACAGCUUAUGGGGUCCUUUUCACGUGGCAGCAUUCAACACCGUUGUAUUUCUCCUAAUAAUGGCUCACUUAAAAGCUGUCUGCAGCGAUCCCGGUAUAGUACCUCUUCCGCAGAGUAGAAUGGAUUUCUCUGACAUUCAUGUCGGCGGAAGUGAUGAUCAUGAGAGCGACGAGAAGGAUGACUGGACGGUAUGCACCAGGUGCGAAACGUACAGACCGCCUAGAGCACAUCAUUGCAGAAUUUGUAAACGUUGUAUAAGAAGGAUGGAUCAUCACUGUCCGUGGAUAAACAAUUGUGUCGGCGAGAGGAAUCAAAAGUACUUUAUACAGUUUCUAGUGUACGUUGGAGCAUUAGCUGUAUACGCUAUUAUUUUAGUCAUCGCGUCGUGGAUUUACGACUGCCCGCAGUGUAACACCGACAUUGCGACCAAGCAAAAUCGCAUUUUACAUUGUGUAAUAUUAGUUCUGGAGUCGGGAUUGUUCGGUAUGUUCGUCAUCGCGAUUCUGGUAGAUCAGUUCCAAGGAAUUCUGGGCGACGAAACCGCGGUUGAACGUGUGCAGGGCGCGCAGCAACGUCUCCACAAGAACACACCGCGAACGUUCACGCUCCUGUCACAAGUUUGCGGGAAGAGCCAUCCUAUAUUUUGGCUGUUGCCUUGUCACAAUCCGCCGCGUUAUUCCUUCAGAAAGGACGCGUAUUUAAUCGAUCAUGAGGUUUGAGAUUGCGCACGAUUGAGAUCAUUGAUAAAUCAUCGUCGGUAUUUCUCGGUUGUAUUAUUUUUUUUUUGUUAUUGGACUUGUAUCAAUAUGAUUUUUUUUAUUCUUUGAUUUAGAAUAAAGUUGAUACUUGUACAAGGUGAUACCAAUAGAUUUCUAGACUCUCGUAGCUGUAAUAUAUAAAUAUUUUUACCAGACAAAACCGAAGUAUUUGUAUCCUGUGUAAGAUCGACUUGUUGUUAACGUGAUUAUUUUUUUACACACGCAUUACUUUAUGUGCGAUCGUGAUCUAAGCAGACAAAAUGUCGUACUUGCGAGAAAGCGCAGAGAAUAAAUUUUUGGCUUCGAUAUUGCAGAGUCAAAUAAAUAUUUUUGAAAUAUUUGCACCUGCAUUUAGAAUAGUUUUUGAUUAAUUACAGCGCGUUGUGUGCAAUGUAACAAUAUUCUUGUCUGCUUACACCAUGUAUACAAAUUACAUAUGAAAUUAUACGCAUGUAUAAUUAUAAUAUAUAUACAUACUUAUACAUUUAAAUUUAUGAAUGAAGUAACUUUACUACGAUUUUAUAUUAUGUUGUGAGCGCGAAACAUACGUAGUGUAUUUGGUAUACAAAUGGGAUUGUAACGAAGAUUAUUAUGUUGUGUAAA